UUUAACUGUCAGCUGUAGAUGAGAGAAUUUUCAGUUGCAGAAAAAAAGCUUUUCUAGUUUAUAACCUGACUAACGAGCAGCUAUUACAGUUUAUGAGUCGUGGGUGACCAACAGUGCUCUGGAAUGAAUUUCUCCGAGGUGUUCAAGCAGACCAACCAGCUGUGCAAAGUCUCUCCUGAUGGAAAUUAUUUGGCCACCUGUGUUCAGUAUCGCCUGGUAGUGCGGGAUGUCAACACUCUGCAGAUCCUGCAGCUUUACACCUGUCUGGAUCAGGUGUCCCACAUGGAGUGGUCUUCAGACUCACUUUUCAUUCUCUGUGCCAUGUACAAACGAGGGCUGGUCCAGGUGUGGUCUCUGGAGCAACCAGACUGGCACUGUAAGAUAGACGAGGGCUCGAUCGGACUAGUCGCCUCACGAUGGAGUCCAGACGGACGUCACAUUCUCAACACAACAGAGUUUACCUUAAGAAUCACCGUCUGGUCUCUUUGCAACAAAUCUGUGUCCUAUAUCAAGUACCCUAAAGCCUGCCAGAAAGGGAUGGACUUUAGUACGGAUGGACGCUACAUGGCUCUGGCUGAGAGACGAGACUGCAAAGAUUAUAUUAGCAUAUUUGUCUGUGACGACUGGCAUCUUCUGAGGCAUUUUGAGACAGAAACUCAAGACUUAGCGGGAGUGGAGUGGUCCCCUAAUGGCUGUGCGCUUGCCGUAUGGGACUCCUGUCUUGAGUACAAGAUGCUGUUGUAUUCCCUGGAUGGGCGUCUGCUGUCUACCUACAGUGCUUAUGAAUGGGCACUAGGUAUCAAAUCUGUCACCUGGUGUCCCACUAGUCAAUUUCUGGCCAUUGGUAGCUACGAUGAAAAGGUUCGGAUCCUCAACCACAUCACCUGGAAGAAACUUAUUGAAUUGGAGCAUCCAGCCACUAUCGCCAACUCCAAAGCUGUGGUGUACAGGGAGGUGGAGAACAAGCCAGUCAUUGGUGCUGAGGAUUUGUCCAUUCAUAAUAUUACCAUGGGAAGUUCACUAUUCAACACACAGAGCAAAUAUGAGAUCGCUCAACUGCCUGUCCAGCUGCCAGUGGUAAGGCCUGACCCAGAUCGUGCCAACCCUAAAAUCGGAAUCUCUGCAGUUGCUUUCAGUACAGACAAUCGCUACCUUGCAACAAAAAAUGACAGCAUGGCGCAGUGUGUUUGGCUGUGGGAUAUGCAGAAGCUGAGUCUGCAGGCCGUACUGGAGCACACCGCACCUGUCCGCUGCUUCGUCUGGGACCCACGCCGGUCACGUCUGGCGCUCUGCACCGGAAACAACAAGCUCUAUCUGUGGUCCCCCGCCGGCUGUGUGGCUGUGAAGGUGGCUGUUAAAGGUGAUAUACAGGUCCAGUCUCUGUUCUGGCACUGCAGUGGUGAAUCUCUGAUCCUGUUGGGGAAGGACCAGAUGUGUGUCUGCUACAUGGCCACAGAUGAGAAGUGAGCACUUCAGGGAUUGCUCAAGUUUAGCUAGCUGUUGUACCCUGAUCUAGAAUCGGUUUCUUCUGCUCAAACCCUUAGGAAGAGGUAGAGGGCAAAGCUGUCCUGAGGUAUAAAUGAAGGUAGGUUUUAUGGGUAUGAAUGUAGGGAGACAACAAGUAGAACAGCAGAUAUCUGGGAGAAAAGCAGACGUCUGUGGUACCUGGACAAAUCGAAUGUGAUGGUCUGCUUUUCAUUAGUCAGGUUUAGACUUCUUAGUGCAUCUUGUGUGAAGAUCAGUAGUGGAAUAAGUGACUUAAGCUCACUAGACUGUGCACAUCUUACACUGUAUACACGGUACAUUCCAUAAAUGUGUCAGUAUGGGUUGGAUUCUUUUUAUAGCACAAGUGUGAUUGUUGGGGGUUUCCCUGGGCAUUAAUAUAUAUGUUCUAUGAGGGGUUUCUAUUAAUUCUAUGGGAAAUUUGGCCACUUGUUUUGGAUGAGAAGACCUGGUUUGCAUUCGACAUCGAGAUGUUCAUUGGGGUUGAGGUCCGGUUUCAGUGCUGGCCACUGAAGUUCCUUCACAUUAAGCUCGUCAAGGUCAGUUUUUGUUGUGAAAAUGUGAUUUAUUUACAUCUGGAUGUGGAUGAAUGUGGCUAAAAUACCUAAAGUCAAUAAUUAAGACGGGUGUCCACAUACUUUUGUGUAGCUUACUUUAUAGUGUAGCUGUUUAAUUAAAGCAAUAUAAACUUAAAUAGAAUGACCAACAUUUUUUUUUUUUGCCAUUUUUGGCAUCAAAUUAUUAAUUGUGGUUUGGCUUAAAGCUGCAGUGUGUAACAUUUGGGCAUUUUAUGACUUCUGGUGGAAAUUAAUAGUAAGAAACCCCCUUUUAAAGCUGCAGUUUGUAACAUUUGGGCAUUUUAUGGCUUCUGAUGGAAAUUCAUAGUGGGAAACUGUUUAAAGCUGCAGUGUGUAACUAUUUGGGGUUUAAAACUUAAUGUGGCUUUAACAUCAGUAUGACUGGACUUGGAUGUGCAGUGUGUAACAUGUAUAAAGAUGCAAAUUUGUCAAACCUGUUUGCACUUGUAUUUGCUAUUUAAAUAUAUUUAUUUAGAAUGUGAAUAUCUGAAGAUGACCACAUUUUCUAACGUGGAUGAUUUUCUAUCAGUUUUUUGAUAUAUAAAAAAUAAAUAAUAAAGUUUUUCUACAAA